UUUUUUUUUUUUUUUUUCCUCUUGGUCCCGGCCACCCCUACAUAAUAAUACCUCAUGUGCUAUAUCCCGAUGCAUCAUAGCGUGUACCGUCGACGGGACCGCAUUAAGGGGUGUCCUUCUUAUUACAUAGUACAUGGCUGACUUAUAAAAAGGGAAGCGGGAGCCUUUUGCGCGCUGGAUGGGCCGAUCCUCUUUUGAUCUACCUUACCCACGCGAGUAAAGAGACGACGAUCAAUAGAUACCCCCAAGUCAUUCAUUUCAUUCAUUCGUUCGUUCUUUAAUUCGCGAUCCGCUCGUUUAUAUAAAAUAAUAAGGUCGGUCGACUAAUAAGCCAACUAAUCAUACGCUCUUUUAUAUAUAUAUAUUUGCUUUUUUUCGUCGCUACGACCUUUGAAAAAAAGUAAUCACAUACAAGUCCUAUCGACCUAACAGUCAAAUUACCUACCCUACGGUUACAGAUAUGUAUACUAAUAACGCCAUCGUCUUCGCGGCCCUCGCCGCUUGCGCUUCCGCUCAAAUCCCGAACCUUCUCCCGCGCCAGACCCUCGACAGUCCCGACCCGGAAGAGACCUCAUCCUCGCCGGAGUGCGUCUCUCGUGUUGAAUCCUGGUCUGGUGCCUUUCCCACCCCGGCCCCGGCUCUAGAGACGGCGAUGGAAAGCGCCACCGAGAAGGGUGGCAUGGCCGAGUCCGGCCUGUCGGGUCUGUGCCAUUACGGCACGGCUCUGGGAGACGGGCUUGCUUCCGCCUACACCUCCUACUGCCUCGAGAUGUACUCGUACCUGUCCUCGCAGUCGUCUAACUUGGUCGCCCUGGCUACCACCUGCUCCAACGACAUGGGCGCGCCCCCCGAGGUCAUCACCAGCCAGCUCAGCGAGCUCCUCGGCGUGUACUCCCAGUUCUCGGCCGGCGGCUGCAAGGCCGUCUCCGCGACGACCACGGCGGACUCCUCCGACGCGAAGACCGCCACGUCCUCUUCCGGCAGCUCUUCUGCUCCCGCGACGAAUGCCAGCGGCUUCACCACGGCUACCGCGUCCGCGUCUUCGGGCGCCGCGUCCACGACGGUGUCCGGAAACGCCGGUCCCCGGGAGACCGGAAUGAUGGCUGCGGUCGCCCUGGCUGCCGGCUUCAUCGGCGCCGCCGUGGCCCUGUAAGGGGGGCGGCGCGGCAUACUGUAGAAGUUAAAAAUAAUUAACUAACGAGAAAAGAAUUACGUCUUUUUUCUUUUAACGUCUCAUGUCCCCCCCUUUCCUCCCGUAGGAUUCUCUGAUGUUUCUCUUCUGGAUGAGUGUAUGUGUGUUUUGUGGUUUUUACCUUGGCGCUUGUGGUUUUGAAAAACCACCUUUUUCAACCAUCAUCAUCAUCAUCAUACCCCCCUCGAUCUGCUUCGUGUAUAAAUCCGAUAAGCGUAUAGCUGGUCUCUCCGACCUGCCUGGUCUGGCCUGUUGGAGGCGCGAGCUCGAUAGGCUGUUGUAGCGUCAAUAUAUUAGUAUACCCUAAACAU